UUUUAGGUGCCAUUCAAAAACAAAGAAGAAGAAGCAGAAGCAGGAAGCAAAUUGUGUAUUGUGCUAAAACUCAAUCAUUUUAAACAGUGCGACAUUUCUCAGAGACUCCCGUUAAAAAACCCUUUGUUGGUUUCGUCGGUUAGACGGGGAGCGGGGUGUCCGGAGAAUGGCCAGUGAAACUGCGGUGGUCACUGUUCGUCUUGUGAGGUCCUUUGAGCACAGGAACUUCAAACCUGUCGUGUAUCACGGAGUUAGAUUAGACCAAACGGUGGAGGAAUUCGUGCAGUUCAUCAGGGACGAUGUGGCAACAAGACCAGGACUUCCUCCUCCUUUCCGGAAACAUGCUUAUGACACAAUGAAGAUUAUCCACCAAGCUCAUGGAGCAAAGACUAACGAGUUGGUCAUGAGCUUAGAUGAUGAUGAAAAGCUGAUUCUACACAAUGGCCAGACCCUUAGCGCUGCUGGCGUUGCUAACGAAACAGAACUGGCCUUCUUCAGGAAAGAAGACUAUGGUCUCUAUAAAGCAAACCCCAAAACAGCCUGGUGACCACAGUGUUUCACAUUUGUAGAGGACUUUCCUAAAAGAUGGAGGAUAAAUAUCAGGCAUGCCACAAACAAUACUGAUUAUUAAAAUAAAACAAAACAAUAAGAGUGCCGUUAAGCUUAGGUUCUUUGUUUGCUUUUAAUAUUUAUUUAUUUUUUUUCAAGCUGAUGCCUAAGUAUCAGUGGUAUGCCUGUGUAUUUUUAUUUUUGAACCUUUUUCUUUCAUUAAUUCAGAAAAUGUUUUUGUUUUAAAAUUGCUGAAUAAAGACUGGUUUUAAAAUGU